UUUUAACAAACAAGCCACUUUUCGUGUAAAGAGAUGGAAGCGAGAGACAUGGAGCAAGAAGUGCCAGAGGAAGCCUCAGAGUAUCAAGUUGUGGAAGAAACUGAUUACGUUGACUCAGAAUUCGAUGAAGGCAGAGCUACACAUUCCGAGCAUGCCUUUGGUGAAAACAUGAGCCUAUUGGAUGUGACGAACACCGAAAGUUGUGUUUUGCGUCGCUCCUGGGAACUCUUGCUGGGAGCUUUGGGCGAACGGGAGUCUCUGGGCGAUGCGCUCUAUGGAGCAUUGACCGGGUCACUCGUCGUUCUAAAGGAGAGCUUCAAAAAUCCCAGAGCAGUGACCUCGUUGAAGCUGUUUAACGGCUUCCGAGUGCUCACUGAAAAGAGCCAUAAUCCGGAGGAAUUGAAGACGCACAUUGAGACCUUGGCAUUUAAGCAUUUGGGGAAUGAUAUCACUCAGCCUCGUGUUGACGCCGUGAAUGACGCCUUUCUUGAGCUCUUAGAACAGAAUGUCUCAGAUCUUCCUCCUGGCAGCGUAAGCGCUUGGCAAAAGAUUCUCAUCUACACUGGCUCCUGCUUCAGGUUUGUGAGUUCGACCUACACCGAGCGGCUCAAAGUCAUCCAGGAGGAUUGGGAGGUAAUCCAGGACGCGGAAGAAGCUGACACGGAAGAGUGCGUAGUGCGCAGCUUUGGAGGGAUGUGUGCCUUCAGCAACGAGGUCAUGGGACAGGAGACAGAAGGGUGGAUGGAAGAACUCUUGCGGGUCUUCCAUGUUCUGGUGGAAAGGAUUGGAAAUCCCGGACACUUGCAAGAGGAGUGUGAGCUGCUUUCCAUCAACAUGGUCAGCAAGUCCGAGGAGAUUGAUUUUGCAAAGUUUAAGCCUGUGAUGCUCGCGGCGUUGCGCUCUUUGCUUCCAAAGACUUGGAGCACAACCCAUGAGACGGCAUGGGAGUGGCUGUGGGAAACCGUCAGUCGGAACUUAAAGGAGUCGACCAGGAAGGUGAGGGCCUUCAAGCCUUACAACGCUCAACUAUUCUCAACAUUGACAGAAGAGCAAUUGGACCACUUGCGGAGCAAUCUCUACACAGAUUUCUUCUCUAGGUGUCAGGCCAGCCAAGAUUUGUUCAAGCAGUCUCAAACUCGACUUCGCUACAUUGCAGACAGAGUGCUCCAAUCUUCUUACGAUAUGUUCCACAAGCCCAAAGACGAGAUGGUUGAUGAGCUUUCUGCACUAGGCUUGCGACACGUAGGUUACGCUGUCCCCAUCGAGCUUUUUGCACCUUUCACCGAUUGCUGCGUGGCAGUGAUGAAACCUUUGAUUGCAGAGAUUCCGAAAGUUGAGUAUGCGAUCAAGAUUAUUUGGUGCCCUGCGGAUGGAUCACAUGAGAUAGCUGAGCGAGAUGUGCCUGAACACAUGAUGGUGGAGGGGUUCCGAUGGUCCAUCGGUCUUGUAUCACGGGUGCUGAUGCGGACCAUUACUGAAGGCUCGACCUCUGUUAUGCAGGCAAUCAACAAAGACGAUCCCAAGCAGCUACGCAGAGCUUUGCGGGAAGCUCCGCGAGGGCAGCGUUACCUUUGGCAACUCAGAGUUCGUGUGGGCAGCCAAUCAAUUUCACCUCUAUAUUGGGCACUCAGGAGCGGAGCGCACAUGGCGUCGAAGACCCUCAUCCAAGAUAUCCUCACCAUCCGAGCUGACAGAGAUCACUACUAUUAUGGCGUCAAUGAUCUUUUCAGGCUCCAAGCAGAUGUUGUGGCCAACGUCCUUCGCGAAGCACCACAUUUGGUGGAGACCUUGUUGGAUGGGCUCAUUUGGCGCUCACACAAAACCCAGGAUGGUCUACGGCCAGUGAUUUACUAUAUGGAGCACUUACUGCAAGACACUGACAGUUCGCAGAUGCUCUCCAGAUCUUGGGUGAGUUUCGUGAGAUUCAAACAUCCUGGGAUUAUUGUCCAUCCCAUUUUGACAUUCGUGUCAGAUUUGCUAUGGGAGAACUUGGUCAUGCGGUUUUUUCUCUUGGACCAAGUAUUUAGCAUGGUGAACUUCUUGAUCUUCCUCGUGUCUGCUUGCAUCCUGAACUCAGAGACGGUCUUGCAAGAUCCUGUGAUGUCCAAAUUUCUGAUUGCUGCACGACUGCUGGUCUACACGCUUGGGUUGGGCAGACUCCUCUAUUGGCACACGCUUCAGAUGUACAAGACCUUGGUAUUUCCUGAGGGAUGGAAGCGAACUUGUGGGAUGCAGCUCCCGAGAUACCUUCAGGGUCCAGAGAUUCUUAGCUUUCUCCUGAUGAUAGACAUUGCUGGGUUGUUGAUGGUCGAACCUUUGCUUCAUUGUCUUGGAACCUCAGAGGCGAUGCUUGAUUUGACUUGUGACAAAUGGGCCCACGGAAUGAGCACUGUCUACGAAGUCUUCUCGGUGUUCGGUGUCUUCCUGUACGUUCUACUCCUGUUGGAGGUUGGAAGCGUUUCCAUUGAGCUCUCCGAGUAUCGGGUCUUGUGCGUGCACGCAGUGAAGCAGGUCAUGCUUUGCUUCGGAGUCGUGUUCAUCACAAUCCUCACCUUUGCUUUUGCCAUUGGCGCUAUGCCCCACGAGGUUGCCAACCUAUCGACUCACGAGUGGGAGGACCUCAAACACUCAAUGACAAAUUUGGUUCAACUGGCAGUUGGUCGGAUGGAUCUGGCAGAGAUGCAUGAGAUUUGUGAUGAAUCCUUCUUUCUCAUGACUGUCAUCAUUCUCUUCUUGCUCUUAGUCUACAGUUUCUUCUUCAACCUCCUGGUGUCGCAGUUUUGCGGCGUUUAUUCGUCACUGGCCGCCGACAUCAAAGGCUACGCUCGGCUUGCUCGAGGAGAGGUCAUUGUGGACACACUCAAGGCGGUCCAGAUGAAGCGUUGGAAGUCCUUUGUGGCUUCCUUGGCCUUGGAUCGCCGUGUCGAUUUCGAAGAAGGGGAUCUAGGCCUCGCUGGAGGCGUCAAAGUUUUCGAGCCUGCUUUGGCCCAUCCCGUUACCAAGGACCAGAUCGUGAGGUUUGGAGGACAGACCGAUCCCUCCCUUCCAUGGCCAGAGAAGACCCGUGAUGAGGAAAGCAGUACGGAGAAGAUGAUUCAGAGGACGAUUCAGAAAUCACUUCAAAAAAUGCUUGGCAAGAAGAUUGCGGACAGCGAUGUGAUGAGCAGUUCGCACAACAGCAGCAGUCGCAGUGAGUCACAGUAAUUCUCGAUGAAUCCGACAAGGCGUGCUUUUAAAGCGCAGAUUAAGGCCAAGGCGUUACGCCUCGUGAUGCUUGUGAUCUUACUUUCUCUUAGACUUCUUCUGCUUUAGUAUUUUGUAGAUAUGCGUUUUGUCUCAGUUGUAUAGUUUGGUGCGCUUACAGUUUGCGCAGCUUGCACAGCUUGCGGCUGGCACUAGUGGCAAAGGGCACGCUUUGGACACUUCCUCACACCGAGCAUUGCUAAGCAACGCUCGGAUUCCUGCAAUUGCAGGCCUGGAUGUGGGGCAAAGGUAGCCACAUGUUGCCGGUGCUCAGCCAAACAAGGUUUAGCAGCAUGUGAGAGUUCUGGAGCAUCCAACAUUGAAGGUUACAGUAAACCUUUUGUCGCCAGGAACCGUAGUUCUACGGGUGCUUAAUGCGCAUCUUGCUGCUACAGAGCUUCUGUUUGAAGGUGGGCCAAAGGCCACCACAAGGAGUUGAGCUCAGAGGUUUUGAUUUUUGAUCAAUGCCCGAGCCGCUUGUGACUGCGCUGCCAUUUCCUUGAACUGGCAUGCCGUUCAAGCGAUUUUCGCAGAUGUGAGGGCCCUCCCACAGGAUUCGGAAGCUUUUUUUGACAUGCCUCACACCUCGAGAAUCAAGCUUAACUCUCCUCUCAAGGAUGCACGGCAGAAUAGCCGAAGUGUUUUGGAGUUGUAGAGUCCGCGUCUUGCCUUUCUG